AUGCCGCCAGUAUUCCGGCCACCACCGGUGACUCCAAUGUCAAAUGUUGGGAAAAGCUUCUUUACCUCUAACCCCACUAAAACACUCUACAGAAACCCUAAUUUCAAUUCAAUGCCAAUCUCCACCAUCACGCAAUGCCUCUCUUCGAUGGGCAUCAACCUCGCCGCCGCCUGUCAGAUUAUCGAUAUCUCUUCAUCGUCGACCCCUACAGAGGCGUUUACCGAAUAUUCAAUUUCCUAUGAAGCUCGAAAAUUCAUAAUUCAGGGACCUAGAACUCAGUUCGGGCCUAAAGGCCCGAUUGAGGCCCACAUUGGAGUUUCUGGUUGA